UCUCUACUCUCACAGUCGCCGUUCAACCUCUCCGGCGUUCUUGUUCUCCAUUCUUGUUGUCGUCGGCGACUCAACAGGUAGCGUUCGAGUCUUUCUAGUUGUGCGCUUUGUCUUUUUGUCUUCGAUAUGACGCUUCAGAUUUUCAUAUCUCAGCGACUCCCUUUCGUAUGAAUCAUUUCUAUGAGAUUUGGGCUGGACAAACCUAUUUUAUAUGAAUGAACAUGCAUUCCAUUUUUUUAUUGGGAUUCUUUUUAAUUAAUUCCCUGGCCGGCAUCUGCUGUACUCUACUCAAUUUUGGGAAAAUUACGGUCUUUUUGUGGUGCCCCAGUGGCACUUGGGUGACUUCGUGCUAUUUUAGAUUGCUUGAUACGGCUUGUUGCCUACUUGGUUCGAGCUUUUUUUGAUUGAGAGGGAAGUAAUGGAAAUUAUUCUAAUUCUUCGUACAGACCAACGAGUUUUUUCUUUUGGCCUGAGGAUCAACGAGUUUAAAAUCCAUGAUUUAGUGGCUGGGCGUCAGAGGGGGGAAAAUGCAUAUGAUGUAGCAAACGAUUAAGGCUUUAUCGUGCCAAACAAAAUUAUGCACUAACUAACAAGUUCCAAUGCUUCGAACAAGAUAUAUAACUUCUUACAUUCAGGAAACGUUGAUCACUCAACUAGGAUUCGUGACGUACCCUUCAAAUUCACGGGCUUUUAUAGCUUCUAUGUGUAAUGUUCAUCUUCAAGAAGCUUUGCUACAAAUGGCCCUUAUGGGCCCCCAAAUCAAGUUCAAAGGUUACAAUUCCAUCUUGAAUGAGUGUGUGAACCAAAGGGCCACUAGAGAAGGGCAGAGAGUGCAUGCCCACAUGAUCAAAACUGAUUAUUUGCCAUCUGUAUACCUUAGAACAAGGUUGAUCGUUUUCUAUACUAAGUGUGACUCAUUGGAUGAUGCACGGCGAGUGCUCAAUGAAAUGCCUGAAAGAAAUGUGGUGUCAUGGACAGCGAUGAUCUCUGCUUAUUCUCAAAAGGGUUAUGCUUCUGAGGCUCUUACCCUCUUUCUACACAUGUUAAGAUCAGGAACAAAACCUAAUGAAUUCACUUUUGCGACUGUACUUACUUCAUGCACAGGUUCUCCUGGAUUUGUCUUCGGAAGACAAAUCCACUCACUUAUCAUUAAAUCAGAUUAUGAAUCUCAUAUCUUUGUUGGAAGCUCACUUCUCGACAUGUAUGCCAAAGUUGGAAAAAUUCAUGAAGCUCAUGAUGUGUUCAAAUGCAUGCCAGAAAGGGAUGUAGUUUCUUGUACUGCUAUAAUCUCUGGUUAUGCUCAACUGGGUUUUGAUGGAGAGGCAUUGGGGCUAUUUCGCCAGCUUCAAAAGGAAGGAAUGCAAUCAAAUUAUGUUACUUAUGCUAGUGUUUUAACUGCACUUUCUGGGCUUGCUGCUCUAGAUCAUGGCAAACAAGUUCAUAAUCAUGUUCUUCGCUGUGAAAUCCCCUCAUCUGUUGUCCUUCAAAACUCUUUGAUUGACAUGUACUCAAAAUGUGGAAACCUCAUUUAUUCAAGGAGGAUCUUCGAUACCAUGCCAGUGAGAACUGUUAUAUCCUGGAAUGCAAUGCUAGUGGGGUAUAGUAAACAUGGAAUGGGCAGAGAAGUGCUUGAUCUUUUCACUUUAAUGAGGGAAGAAAAUAAAGUCAACCCUGAUAGUGUCACAAUUUUGGCUGUGUUAUCUGGUUGCAGCCAUGGAGGACUGGAAGAUAGGGGGCUGGAUAUCUUCAAUGAUAUGGCCAAUGGUAAACUUGGAGUUGAACCAGAGAUUGAGCAUUAUGGUUGUGUUGUUGACUUGCUUGGUCGAUCUGGUCAAGUGGAAGAGGCUUUUAAAUUUAUCAAUGAAAUGCCUUUUGAGCCAACACCAGCUAUAUGGGGUUCCCUUUUAGGUGCCUGUAGGGUUCAUUCAAAUGUUGACAUAGGUGAAUUUGUGGGCCAUCGACUUCUAGAAGUUGAACCUGGAAAUGCUGGGAAUUAUGUUAUUCUUUCUAAUUUAUAUGCUUCAGUAGGAAGAUGGGAAGAUGUAAAAUCACUGAGAGAUCUGAUGUUGAAGAAGGCUGUAAUAAAGGAGCCUGGAAAAAGCUGGAUUGAGCUUGAUCAAAUACUCCACACUUUCCAUGCGAGUGAUCGUUGCCAUCCUAGAAGAGAGGAGAUAUUUGCAAAGGUGAAGGAGUUAUCAAUCAAGUUCAAAGAAGUUGGUUAUGUUCCUGAUUUAAGUUGUGUGCUGUAUGAUGUGGAUGAUGAGCAGAAGGAGAAGAUACUUCAAGGCCACAGUGAAAAAUUGGCUCUGACUUUUGGCUUAAUUGCCACCCCAAAAGGAGUGCCAAUCCGCAUUAUAAAAAACCUCCGGAUUUGUGUUGAUUGCCACAAUUUUGCUAAAUUGAUCUCAAAGGUUUAUGGAAGAGAAGUGUCGUUAAGGGAUAAAAAUCGUUUUCACCGAAUCAUUGGAGGGAGAUGUACUUGUGGAGACUAUUGGUAAGAAGAUCUUGGACUGUCAUAAUUGUCAUGGGCAAUCUGCCAGAAGGGAAGUAUUAGUGGUGGGUGCUAAAAAUGAUGAUGAGUGAUCAAAUGAAAUCCCACCAAUAAGUGGAAAGCAAAGGAACUAAAAGGGUGAAGUAAUGUUGAACUAAGCAAGAUUACAGGAUAAAGGUCUAGAACCGGCUUUUUUGAACAAAAAUGACGGUGAAGUUGAUUGUAGGGUUCUAGAUUAUUGAUCAACAUGGCAGGAUCUGGUAGUGACCGUAACACAUGGAAUGAAUUGGAGGAAUCUACCUGCAUACUUGCCUCAGAUAAUUUUACUUCCAUUUGGAGAUUGUUUAAAAAGGAUGUAUGGCAAGUUGCAUAUGGAUGGAGGGGCAAGUGGUGGGAUGAAAGUUGGAUCUACGCUUGGAAUGGAAUAUGGUUUGACAACACCUGUGAUACGUUCUUGUCUUGAACACGCGUCAUGUUAAUUAGUAGGUCAAGUCAAGAAUAUAUAUGCUUAAAGAACCUGUUAUAUAAUUGUAAUUGGUGUUUUUUAAGCAAGGGUAGUUAGGUCAUAGUCUAUGGUUUAGUAGC